AUGAAGGGCAUAGAUGAGUUCUAUGAGGACCGAGAGUAUCCUGAGAUGGGAGAAUUGGAGGAGUUAUCGAAUGAGGCUGAUAAGAGCGAGGACACGGAUGAUACGGGAGCAAGCAUGGAGGCAGCAGCGGUGAAUGAUGGAGAUGGAGAUGGUGUCAACACUUUUGCAGCAGCGGUCGUGGUUAAAGAUGAAGCAGUAAAUGCGAAGUGUGUGGGAGUUGAAGCUGUGAAAGGGGACAUCAUGGUGAAAGGAUCAAAGGCGAAUGCAACUGCAAAGGGGCAAGUGCUUAAGGAGGAUGAACGCGUUGAAGGGUACGAGACCCGAGAGGUGUUGGGUGUAAAGAUGCCGAGGAGAAGCGAGAGGCAUAAGAAAAUCUCUCAAGGUUUGGAUGUCAAGGCGCUCAACUACAAGACACCGCAGCAAGUGCGGUGGUACACUUCUAACGUCAAUGGCGCCGUGCCGACCUCUCUGUUGCACCGCCUAGUCAGCGCUGACGUGGACAGCAAGCUUACCAGGCUGGCAGGUGGAGACGCCACGCUGGGAAACCGCUUGCUCGCCCUUCCCCUGACCGCUUCAUCUCACCUCCUGCUCUUCCCCUCGGGUCACCGAUAUGACUGCCUUGCUGCCACCACCCACUCCUCCAGUCUUGGAAGCAGCAGCAGCUAUGGGGGGGAAGCGGAGGGAGGGGCGCAGGGGGAAGUGGUGCGGGGGAGCCGAGUGGGGAAGAAGAUUCUGCAGGUGAGGAAAGGGAGGGGCUGGCGGCGGGGGGUACAGGGGGAGGGGAGGGACUGGGGGAGGGGGGGGACUGGGGGAGGGGAGGGACUGGGGGAGGGGAGGGACUGGGGGAGGGGAGGGAUUGGGGGAGGGGAGGGACUGGGGGAGGGGAGGGACUGGGGGAGGGGAGGGACUGGGGGAGGGGAGGGACUGGGGGAGGGGAGGGACUGGGGGAGGGGAGGGACUGGGGGAGGGGAGGGACUGGGGGAGGGGAGGGACUGGGGGAGGGGAGGGACUGGGGGAGCAGAGUGGGGAAGGGAAGAAGAUGAUUCUGCAGGUUCUCAAUACCCUCAUCCACUCGAGACUCCCGCCCUCUCUGCUCUUACAACUCCCGCCCUCUCUGCUCUUACAACUCCCGCCCUCUCUGCUCUUACAACUCCCGCCCUCUCUGCUCUUACAACUCCCGCCUUCUCUGCUCUUACAACUCCCGCCCUCUCUGCUCUUACAACUCCCGCCCUCUCUGCUCUUACAACUCCCGCCCUCUCUGCUCUUACAACUCCCGCCCUCUCUGCUCUUACAACUCCCGCCCUCUCUGCUCUUACAACUCCCGCCCUCUCUGCUCUUACAACUCCCGCCCUCUCUGCUCUUACAACUCCCGCCCUCUCUGCUCUUACAACUCCCGCCCUCUCUGCUCUUACAACUCCCGCCCUCUCUGCUCUUACAACUCCCGCCCUCUCUGCUCUUACAACUCCUGCCCUCUCUGCUCUUACAGCUCCCGCCCUCUCUGCUCUUACAACUCCCGCCCUCUCUGCUCUUAGAACUCCCGCCCUCUCUGCUCUUACAACUCCCGCCCUCUCUGCUCUUACAACUCCCGCCCUCUCUGCUCUUACAACUCCCGCCCUCUCUGCUCUUACAACUCCCGCCCUCUCUGCUCUUACAACUCCCGCCCUCUCUGCUCUUACAACUCCCGCCCUCUCUGCUCUUACAACUCCCGCCUUCUCUGCUCUUACAACUCCCGCCCUCUCUGCUCUUACAACUCCCGCCCUCUCUGCUCUUACAACUCCCGCCCUCUCUGCUCUUACAACUCCCGCCCUCUCUGCUCUUACAACUCCCGCCCUCUCUGCUCUUACAACUCCUGCCCUCUCUGCUCUUACAGCUCCCGCCCUCUCUGCUCUUACAACUCCCGCCCUCUCUGCUCUUAGAACUCCCGCCCUCUCUGCUCUUACAACUCCCGCCCUCUCUGCUCUUACAACUCCCGCCCUCUCUGCUCUUUCAACUCCCGCCCUCUUUGCUCUUACAACUCCCGCCCUCUCUGCUCUUACAACUCCCGCCCUCUCUGCUCUUACAACUCCCGCCCUCUCUGCUCUUACAACUCCCGCCCUUUCUGCUCUUACAACUCCCGUCCUCUCUGCUCUUACAACUCCCGCCCUCUCUGCUCUUACAACUCCCGCCCUCUCUGCUCUUACUGAUAACUCCCACCCAUUCUCUCCCUUUUUAAGACAACCCUCCCUUCUUGCGCCCCAGCCUUUGAACUUUCAAAAACCUCAUCUGCUCGAAACUCCCGCCCUCUCUCCUCUUACUGAUAACUCCCACCCCUUUUUCUCCUCCCCCCCCUCCUCCCUCUGCUUUUUCACUCCCCACAACCCCCAGCUCACAGCCUUUAACAGUGGUAACUGGGGCACACACCCCGCCCCGCCCUCUUCUCCCAGAAAUUGCUCGGAAGAUUCCUCUGAAGAUGACCAAGAGGGGUGGGAGAGGCAGGGGAGGCAGGGGAGGGGCCAGGAGCAGCAGCAGCAGCAGCGGCCAGUCAUGAGCUGCCACGUGGCAGCGCGGUCCAUGCACCAUGCUCACGUGCUCGCCCUGUCGUACGAUAGUGAUGGCUGCAGCAGCGGCAGGGAUGGUGGUUGUGGGGGUGAUUUCGGGGAUGUUGCCUUCCGUCCCGCCUGCUCCUCCCCAGUCCCCACUCAACUCGCCCUCAUCACCACCACUGGAAGAUUGCAAUUGUCCUUCUGCGCCCUCGCCACCCCUGCCUCCUCCUCCUCCUUUCCCUCACCGUCUUUCGCCACUGCUGCCUCAUCUCCUUUCUCCACAUCAACAUCACUAUCAGCAUUUGGGCCUACUGGUGGGCUGGAAAACUGCUGCUUUGCAGUGGCAUCUAGUCGCCUCGUGAUGCUCUUUGACCUUCGCAAUACAGUCGCGCCGCUGCUGCAGUGGGAACAUGGAAUGGAAGAUGACCCGCCUCGCCUGCUGCAUUUCAACUACCUCGGAGCAGCUUAUAAAGGGGACAAACGAUCCGGAAGAGCAGCCAAUCACUGGCGACGGAGCAGCAGCAUUGGAGGAUGCUCGUCAGAAUCGCGCCUGAUUCCAUCACAGCUGUUGCAGUCACACUCGAGAAAGGAAAUGGACGGACCUCCCACGCCCUUCACGCCUCUUCUUGACGUUAAGGCACCCCCACCUCAGAUAACACUGACAGCAGCUGCUUUGGGUUCAGGCCGGAUCAUCACAUGCCCUAUUGCUCUCACCACUGCACCUUCUCCUCCUCCUUCCACGAUUGCUGCUGCUGCUGCUGCUGCUGCUGCUGCUGCAACAAAAGGAACAGCAGCAGCAGAGGCAGGAGCAGCAGCAGCUAAAGCUGAAGCUGCUGCUGCCCGUCGGGCAGUAAAACGUUUCCAGACUGCCCAGCGGCGCACGCCGCACCUCUUCCGAGCCUUGUCGGGAGGUUUGGCAACCGUGGCUGCUGCUCCGUUCCCCUCCUGUGCUGGUGGUGUGGAUGUGAGGGUAUCGAAGGGUAUGAUGAUUAAAGCAGCAGAUAGAGAGGAGGGGGAGGAGGAGGAAGAGGAGGAGGAGGAGGAGGAGGAGGAGGAGGAGGAGGAGGAGGAGGAGGAGGAGGAGGAGGAGGAGGAGGAGGGGGAGGAGGAAGGAAAGAGGAGAGGAGGAGGAGUGGGGAAGGGCAGAAGGAGAAACAAACAAAAAGGGUACAGCACUAAGAGGCACGCAUCCUCAUUACAAGCAUCUUCACUAUUACAACACCCUACCGCACCCAGAGGUCCUCAAUUCAUAUCCACACCGGCCCUCCUCCCUCUAGAAAUCCCGAGCCCCUUCGAGAGGAAGCGUCCUAGAAGCAUCCUGCCGCGGUCCCUAGAUCCUGUAGACGUGCUGCAGGCCUCUCAGCCAAUCCCAGCUGUCCACGUGGCAGGCACUGCACUUGCUCCAAUUGCUGGCCUUGCAUGUAUAAGCACGGUGCCGUGUGCUUAUAACGAGGCUCGGCCCGACAGCCAGUCAGGUGGUGGUAAGAAAGCAGCAGGGGGGUUGGCAGCUGAGGCGGAGAAACAUGAGGGAAGAUUUGAUUUGAUUCAGCUGACGAGGCUUGGAGAUGUGUGGGCGGCAUCGUACGGCAUGGAGUGGGAGGGGAGGAAAGACAAGAGGAAACGGGGAGAGCAGGAUGGAAGGAAGGGGGGUUUCUUACAAGAAGGGGAGGAAGAGGAGGAAGAGGAUGAGGAAGUGGAGGAGGAGGAAAAGGAGGACGAUGAGAAGUUAGCAGCAGCAUCUGCUGGGAGUGCAUGGGAACAGCAGGCCACACAUGUGGUGAAGAGGAAGAGUGACAAGUUCGCUACACUGAAAUCAUACACCAUCCAGCUACCAAAUGUGGCACAACAUGUUCGCUCUGCUCUGGAUCCAGUGGUUGGGAGUAGGAGAGGGGAGAAGGCGGAAGGAGAGGAGGUGGAGGCGAGAGGGGGCGAGGCGAGAGAAAGAAGCACCGAGAGGGAUGUUAGGGUGAAUCCACAGCACAGGCGGAAAAAUCCGCAGCAGCAGGAGGAGGAGGAGGAGGAGGAGGAGGAGGAGCAGGAACAGGAGAAGGAAGAAGGGCAAUUGGAAGUGUCACUGGCAAGAGUAGCAGAAAUCUGCACCGGAGGAGAGGGCACGACAGCAUGGCCUCUCACAUGUCACGAGAUUGCCGAGGCAGCAGUAGACGCCCAGCCACCCCAGCCAAUCGCCGAGCGCCACAUGGCAGCGCGAGGGCAGCUGGUGGCCUCAGCUCUGCAAUCCCUGGGUCGCUUGGGGUUCCUGGGGGAGAGAAUUGGCGGCACUAUUACCUCUGCUACUGCUGUUGCUGGUGCUGCUGGUGCUGGUGCUGAUGCUGGUGCGACUAACAAUCAGUUUGGCAUGUCAUCUCAGAAUCUGGACCCCUUCUCCCAGACCUUCCCGUUCGCGUCACAGCAGAGUUUCUUUUCUUCCCGUCCACAGCACCACGUUCCCUCCCAAGCAACUCCCUUUGCCUCCCAAGCAACCCCCUUCUCCUCCCAGCCAUACCACCAGUUUGUCUCCCAGCCAGACCACCGCUUUGAAUCGCAGCAAAGCUCCUUCCAACCGUUCAGUGCCUCUCAGAACCCAAUCGGAUCGCAGCAGUUCCUGAUUGAUACACAGGAGAGCAUCGCGCCCUCUCACAUGCUGCCACCUGGCGGCUUGCACGCGAAUGCGACGCUGCCAGGUCAGCAUGUGCAGCCGCAGCAGCUUAUGCCAGGGCAACAGAGGAGAGGAGGGAGAGGGAGUGAGGGUGCGAGUGGUUUGAAGGAGGAAACAGUUGGUCUGCAUCGACCGCAAGACUCGUGUCGGAUUGUGAUUGGACGGUGGGACGAGGCUAUUCAGGAGUGGACAGCGGAGAAGGAUAAAGAAGAGAUUCCGACUCUGCAGUUUGACAAAGAUUUGCCUGAGGCCGACGAGAUGGAGCAAGCAAGCAUUGCUAGAAUCAUGGCUGCGUGUAGAGAAGAAUUUUCUGGAAUGUAG